AUGGCCGUGAUUGUAAGGUUUGUGAACAACAAAGGAAAGGUUAUGGAGAGAUUUUUGGGGCUACAACAUGUGAAGGAGACAUCGUCUGAUGCAUUAAAGAAAUCUUUUAUUCAGAUGCUUGAUGCUAUAAACACAGAGAUGAACCAUCGCUUCAAUGAGGUUUCGACGGAGUUGCUUGUAUGCUUUUCUUGUUUAGAUCCAAGGGACUCAUUCUCUAAGUUUGAUGUCACCAAGCUUGCACAACUUGCGGAGAUCUAUGACGCAGACUUCUCAAAUGCUGAUCGUGCAACUAUAAAGGAUCAACUUGCUACCUUCAUUAUUCAUGUUAGAAGAGUUGAUGAUUUUAUUACUUGUCAUGAUAUUGAAAGUUUGGCAGUCAAGUUGGUUGAAACUGAAAGACAUAUGGUCUUUCCAUCAGUGUAUCGCUUCAUUGAGUUAGCACUGCUCCUACCAGUGGCAACAACUUCUGUGGAAAGAGUCUUUUCAGCUAUGAAUAUUAUCAAUACUGAUUUGUGCAAUAAGAUAGCAGAUGAGUGGCUUAAUGAUUUGAUGAUAUGCUACAUCGAGAAGGAGAUAUUCAAAGGACUUGAUGACAAGAGAAUUAUGAAGCGUUUUCAAGCCAUUAAAAAUAGGAGAAUGAAUUUGCCUCGGUCUCCUCAUCGUAGUUAG